AUGUUCGAUUUCUUCUUCUUCUUCUUCCAGAAUCAGAGCCCUUGUUGGAGAGGUACUGGUUGCAUGUAUAGACAGGAACUCGGUAGAGUUGAAACUCAGCACAAUUCAUUAACAACAAACAAUGACAAACCAAAGUCCUCAAAGUCAGUCUCUAGAUCUCACAAGGCUGACCUCCAAUUUCCCGUCGAAAAAAUAGCUCAUUGUCUUAAAUCCGGUAAGUACAUCGAACGUGUCGGUGUCGAUGCUCUGGCCUAUCUCUUUGUCGCCCUUGAAUACCUCGCAGCUGAGGUUCUUGAACUUGCUGGGAAUGCAGUGAGGGACAACAAGAAGAAUCGGAUUGUUCCAAAACAUAUACAGCUAGCAGUGAGGAAUGAUAAGAAGUUGAGCAAGCUUUUGGAGACGAGCAAUGCUGUAGGACCUUAUUUGGGGAUCUAA